AAGCAGUCCAUUUUCCAUUUUAGUUAUGUCAGACAGGAAAUAUUUUUUGUUUUUCGAGUAACAAAAGGUUUCUUGUUAUAAGAAGGUGACGACUGUGCGCUAGGCAAUGUCCGAGGCGGCAUCAAAAAAAAUUGAUGACCUACUUCAUCGCAUCCAAAACGAAAGGAGUCCCCCAAAUCCACCACCACCUAUGAGUCGCUCUGGUAAUGGGGCUCGAAGGGCUCCUCUACCAUUGAGUCUAAACAACAGUGGCAGCCCAGUUAUGGCCAGGCCUCAAAAUUUAUCAUUUAGUGCUAAACAAAAUGAUAAUCUAGAAACAGAAAGGAAACUAAAAGAGAUUAUGAGAAUUAGUGGUGAUUUAACAAUAGAUGGAAAACUUUAUAAAACGGAUAUCAAAGACAUGGAACAUAUAGAAGAACUUGGAAAUGGUACAUGUGGACAUGUAGUCAAAAUGAGACAUAUACCUAGUGGAAGUAUUAUAGCUGUUAAGCAAAUGAGACGCUCAGGAAAUAGUGAUGAGAACAAAAGAAUCAUUAUGGACAUAGAAGUAGUUUUGAAAUCACAUGACUGUAAAUAUAUAGUACAAUGUUUAGGUUGUUUCAUAACAGAUUCUGAGGUCUGGAUCUGUAUGGAACUUAUGGACACAUGUUUUGAUAAGUUACUAAAGAGAUUCAAACAAUCAAUUCCAGAAGAAGUUUUGGGGAAAGUCACAGUUGCAACAGUAGAAGCAUUAUCUUACCUAAAAGAUAAACACGAUGUCAUGCACAGGGACGUCAAACCUUCAAAUAUACUAUUAGACACAAAGGGCAAUGUGAAAUUAUGCGAUUUUGGAAUUAGUGGGAGACUUGUAGAUUCUAUGGCAAAAACGAGAAGUGCGGGAUGUGCUGCAUACAUGGCGCCUGAACGAAUCGAACCUCCAGACCCAAAAAAUCCAGAUUAUGAUAUUAGAGCCGAUGUCUGGUCACUCGGAAUCACUCUGGUGGAGAUGGCGACUGGAGUGUUUCCCUAUCACGACUGCAAGACUGAUUUUGAGGUGCUCACCAAGGUGAUAGGACAAGAACCGCCGAGACUGCCGACUGAUAAAGAAUUCACACCCGAAUUUAGAGAUUUUGUAUCAAUUUGUUUAAUAAAAAAUCCCAGAGACAGGCCGAAGUACACGCUGUUGAAAAGUCAUGAAUUCAUCAAAACCUAUGAGGUGGUGAAUAACGUGAAUGUAGGCGAGUGGUAUGUAAAAAUGAUCAAACGUUCAGAAGAAAUGUCAAAUCGGGCGGCGCCUAGACAAAAUUCAACAGCGAACACCAUUCGACAGUUCUUCACAUCUCGCCAAACGUUUCAACCACAACAGUCCUCGCCAGCAACCACCUCGCAAUCGUUAACGAACGGCAAGGCGUCUCCGAAGCCCCCGGAAGCGCUGUCGCCCCCUCCGACGGCCAGAGCGUCUCACGUGUCGCGGUUUAGUUGUUUCCAGAGGGAGAAUCAGUCGCAAGACGCUACAAAUCAGGUGCCUAGAAGUUAUUCGCCUUAUUCGGUCUACCAGAACCACGUGGCUUCGUUGAAAGAGCAACUAGAGAACAAAAUUGAACAACAAAAACAAAACAAUGCCGGUUCAUCUUUCACCCCGAUUCCCACUAGAAGGCCUUUUGAAUCUUCGUCAACGUCGACCGCGAAUCCGUACCAGCAUCGUCGCGUGGCAAGCGAAACAAGAUGGCGGUCUCCUAGCGGCUCGCCGCUACCCCUUAGAACGCAAUUUCAAACGGAAGAGAGUCAGUAUAAUUGCGGAAAUACCAGCCCCAUUAUUCUGCAGCGGUUUUACCAUCAACAGAAGCAACAGCAGUUGGUCAAGGAGGCAGAAGAGUCUGGCAAAAAAAGAUUCGCCUCGUAUAUAAAACUGCAACUCAGUGGGGAUAGAAGCGGUAGAUCUUCGAGGCAUCAGAGUCCUGAACCGCCUCCUCGACUGAAUCGGAAUUCCAGUGUUGAAAACCAAAGUCCUCUAGCCCUACGUAGAACUUUUUUAGAGAAUCAUUCUUGCAAUUCGCCUAGUCUAUCACGAAGGUACGUGUCACCGUCGCCUCCAGUGCCUCCGCCUAGGAGGCUCUCCGAGAGUUCGUCGGUGCCGGGUUCUCCGCAACAUCUCAGAGCCCGCUUUCACUACACCCCGGAGCCGCAAAGGAGGCUCUUCCAGAACGACGACGUGUCAUAACGUAGGGCUUUGUCGCCUCCCGAAAGGGAGGCAGCCAAGUAGGAACGAGUUUUUGUUUUACGUUUUAUUUGUUGCGCUAAACGAACACAGGAGAACAGGAGAACGAAAGGAUGAGAGAAUCGAUUGUGAGUUAAAUGUGAGGUAAAUUCCCGUUUUUGAGACGUUAGAAUAAUAGUCUCAUUAAGCCUAUAGGUUUAUUAAAGUUUUCCGUUCACUUGAUGUAACAGUCUGUCUUAAUUUUGAGAGUAAUGGCCGGUUUCUCGUACAUUUUGUUAUUGAAAGAAUAACUAUCAGUCAGAUAAAGUUAUGUGUUUCUGAAAAUGUAUCUGUAUACCUAAACAAAAAAAAACUCUUACUUUUUGAUCGGGUUCAAUAGCCUGAAUAUUGGAGGAUUCUGAAGUAUUUAUUUCUUUUAGAACCGUCAAUUUUCUCUUUUUUAUAUUUUUAUUCGCAUCAUGACUACCAUUAUCGCUAGAUGAUGAUGAUGAGUUAGAAUCAGAUGUCGGGUAGUAAUCUUUGUCUUGAUCACUGUCAUAAAUGGUGCUCUCAAUGCGACUACGUUUUAAGUAUUCUAUUUCUUGCGUCGUUGUAGACCAACCAUUAUUAUAGGAGUAAAAGGUUUUUAACUUUUCUAUUUGUAUUUCCUUUCGAUUUUGACUUUCAAAAUUAGAUAGAAAAAAUGUACAUGUUUCAUAUUUUAUGGCCGCGAAAAGUGGAAAGUCAUCGAUAUUCUAAAAUAAUUAAAAAUUCAUAAAAAUAUACUAGUCAGCGAAACAGAAU